AUGGAAAAAUUGGUGGAUUCGUGGAAUUCUCACUCUAGCUAUGAUUUCUGUGUUUUUUCUGAUCAUAUACCUGGGAUCAUUUAUGCUGAUGCUUCUGGUCUUAAGCAUCCAAGUGAAAUGUUACCAUGAAAUCAUUACUAUAGGUUACAGGGUCUACCACUCGUAUGAUUUACCAUGGUUUAGAUCCCUCAGCUGGUAUUUUUUGCUGUGUGGGAACUACUUCUUUUAUGGAGAGACUGUAGCUGAUUACUUCGCUACAUUUGUUCAGAGAAGAGAACAGCUUCAAUUCCUAAUUCGUUACCACAGGUUUAUAUCUUUUGCACUCUAUUUAACAGGCUUCUGCAUGUUUGUUUUGAGUUUAGUGAAGAAACAUUAUCGUCUGCAGUUUUACAUGUUCGCAUGGACUCAUGUCACUUUGCUGAUCACUGUAACUCAAUCUCAUCUUGUCAUCCAAAAUCUCUUUGAAGGCAUGAUCUGGUUUCUGGUUCCAAUUUCAAGUGUUAUCUGCAAUGAUAUUACUGCUUACAUUUUUGGAUUCUUCUUUGGCAGAACUCCAUUAAUUAAGCUGUCUCCCAAGAAGACGUGGGAAGGGUUCAUUGGAGGCUUCUUUUCCACAGUUAUAUUUGGAUUUAUUUUUUCCUAUUUUUUGGCUCAGCAUCAGUACUUCAUCUGCCCCGUGGAAUAUAACAGUGAAACCAACAGAUUUGUGACAGAGUGUGAACCUUCAGAGCUCUUUCAGAUGAAGAAGUACUCUGUGCCACCAUUGCUUCAGGCUGUGUUGGGAUGGGAAACAGUGAAUAUGUACCCAUUUCAGAUGCACAGCAUUGCACUGUCAACAUUUGCCUCAUUAAUUGGGCCAUUUGGAGGAUUCUUUGCCAGUGGAUUUAAAAGAGCUUUCAAAAUCAAGGAUUUUGCAGACACAAUCCCUGGGCAUGGGGGAAUAAUGGAUCGCUUUGAUUGUCAGUACUUGAUGGCUACUUUCGUUCACGUCUAUAUCACCAGUUUCAUAAGGGGUCCAAAUCCCAGCAAAUUACUGAAACAGCUGCUGAUACUUCAGCCUGAGCAACAACUAAGCGUGUAUAAAACCCUGAAAUCUCACCUCAUUGAAAAAGGGAUCCUGCAGCCAUCUGUGAGAGGGUAG